CCGGCACGUCAAUUACAUUCACAGAAUAAUGUAAUACCCGAAUUACAUCGUUACGUCAUGAACGUCAGUCACCAUGCGCCCGCGCACACGUUUGGUCACAUUUGUCGGUGCGCUGUUUGCGAUCAUCGGAUUCGCGCAGUGUCAAGGACCUAGGACCGACAAUGAGUUCUGGUCGUCCCUGGUGUCCCGCGAGCUGGAGGAGGCGCUCCGGGUGAAGUGGAACCUGGGCACCGCCAGGAACGUGGUGCUGUUCAUCGGAGACGGCAUGGGGCCCGCCACGGUCGCCGCCACCCGGCUGUACAGGGGCGGGGAGUCGCAUCGGCUGUUCUAUGAGACCUUCCCGCAUGUUGGGAUGCUGAAGACCUACAACGCCAACUACAUGGUCCCGGACUCCGCGUCCACCGCCACAGCUUUAUUCUGCGGAGUGAAGACCAACCAGAACACAGUCGGAGUCGACGCCACGGUGACGGAGGGCGACUGCGCCUCGGGGCUGAGGCCGGAGUCACGGCUGCGCUCGCUGGCGGUGCUGGCGCAGCAGGCUGGGAAGAGCACUGGUCUAGUAACCUCAAUGCGCGUGACGCAUGCGACUCCCGCACCACUCUACGCCCACAGUGCGGACCGGCGCUGGGAGUGCGAGGCCGUCAUGCCAGCUGCUGCUGUAGCCGCCGGCUGCAAGGACAUCGCCAGGCAACUGGUGGAGGACGAGCCUGGGGCUUCACUCAAUGUAAUAAUGGGCGGCGGUCGUCAAGUCCUGGUCUCCAACUCCUCGGGCUCUCCCUCCGACCCGCUGGACACGUGGGGCUGCCGGCGCCAGGACGGGGCUGACCUCAUCCAGGAGUACCGCAGGCGGAAGGAGGAACGGGGGCUGAGGUACCGCGUCGUCAGCAACAAUGGGGAGCUGGAGAGCGUCAACUUCAAUAACACGGAUUAUCUAUUAGGUAUCUUCGCGAACGGCCACCUACAGUACGAGCACGAGAAAGACCCGGGCCCGGCCGGCAUGCCGACCCUGGCCGCCAUGGUGGACGCCGCCAUCAGGGUGCUGAGGAAGAACGAGAAGGGGUUCUUUCUGAUGGUAGAAGGCGGCAACAUAGACAUGGCGCACCACCGCGGCAAGGCCAAGAAGGCCAUAGACGAGUCCGCGGCCAUGGAGCAAGCAGUCCAGGUGGCCUCCGCGCUGGUGGAUGAAGAGGAUACCCUGCUCAUCGUCACCAGCGACCACUCGCACGGGCUGCAAAUCAAUGGGUUCCCAAAACGGGGGUCUAGUGUUUUCGGCAUAGUAAAGAACCCCAACCCUGCAUACGGCCCAGACUACACGACCCUGACCUACGGCACCGGCGGGCCCGGCGCUAUUCAAUACUCGGUGAAGGUUGACGACAAUAACAACACCUCCGUGGAGCGACGGGACCCUAAUCUUGAUGAUACUGAGGACUUCGAGUAUGAGCAGAUAGCGGCUGCGGCGGCCAUUGAGGCAUAUCAUGGUGGUGAUGAUGUGGCUAUUUAUGCUAGAGGUCCAUACAGCCACCUGUUCCACAACGUGCACGAGCAGCACUACGUGUACCACGUCAUCUCGUACGCCGCGCGCCUCGGCCAGUACGCGUCCAGCCAGGAAACAGUACGUGCGAGCUGCGUGCUCACAGCCGCCAUCUUGUUCGCGACCGCUUUGCUCACCCGGUAAUAGUGCAGUGUGCCUGAAGCGAUGCGGCCUCCUUCGCGCCGGAACUCUGUGGUGUGGGGCGGAAGCAAGGAGGUCACUGCAAAGGAGUUCGAACUGCGUAUUGUGAUUAGUGUUUGAGGUGCAAAUUGGUAGCAUAGCGCGCAGA